AGACGAGCUGAAGGUUCUGAUGUUCUGCUCCACAGGCUCUCCUGAAGAAGCACGAGGCCCUGAUGUCGGACCUGUCGGCUUACGGCAGCAGCAUCCAGGCCCUGAAGGAGCAGGCCCAGUCCUGCAGGGACCUGAAGGCCAACGAGUCCCGCCUGAGGGACAUCAACAAGGUGGCAUCUGAACUGGAGUCAGAAGGUCUGAUGGCUGAGGAGGCUCCUAUGGUUCCGGCUCAGCAACAAGAACAUCUGGGUUCUGCUCCUGGAAAGGUGCGUGUUGUCCUCCGCCUCCACCAGAACCAGACGUGGUGUUUAUGUUACCACUCAUUUGUUUGUUUGUUUGUUUGUUUACAGGAUGAAGCCGACUCUAACACGGCGUCACCCUGGAAGACCGUACGGUUGGGCGUUCAGACGACGGCUAACUUUAAUUCCAUCAAGGUAAGAGGAAGCUCUUCCCUUCCUGUCUGAGCGAUCCGUCUCCAGGUUUCUUCGUCCGGCGUCCAGCCCGCUGGCGUCCACCUUCAUCUCACCUUCAUCUCAUCUCACUUCAUUUAUAGUGCAAUACUUUCACAUUAUCAUUUUCCCACACUUCUGUAUACCUGUAUUUUGUUGUUUUUCAAUAAAGAAUGACAAAUUA